AUGGAGAAUCUUAACUUAGCCCUUGUUUCUUCCCCUAAACCUCUGCUUCUGGGACAUUCCUCCUCAAAAAACGUCUUCACAAGAAGAAAGCCUUUCGCUUUUGGUACUUUUCGCGUUUCUGCUAACUCUUCAUCCUCUCAUGUCACCAGGGCUGCUUCUAAAUCUCACCAAAAUCUAAAAUCUGUGCAGGGGAAGGUCACUGUGCAUACUUUUGCUAGCAUUUCUUCUUCAAAUAGUCAGGAAACAACAUCAAUGUUGUCCUGUCGGGUGGAAGUUCAGUCUGAACUCCUGCAACAAGUGUUGCUGUUUAUGUUACAGAAUAAGCAUCUGGGUAUGGUACAAGUUUGUGAGUUUUUAAAGCCCUUGCUGGAUUUUUCGAUCAUAAGAUUGUUAGGUUCUGAGUCACCCUCUUCUUCAUUUGGAUUGCAAUUGGUAUCGUCUAUGGCAUCAUUCUGUUGCUCGUGUCCGAGUGAGUCCAUGCCUGUUCUUAUGCUGCUAACGGAGUGCCUUAAGUAUCUUCCACAUGAGACCUCUGAAGACUAUAGGAAAUUAGUAUUUGUUGUAGAACAUAUGGUGGAGGCGUAUAUAGUGGUACUUAAGUCUCUGGCCGGAGAGAAAUUGCUGAUUGCCGAGGUUCAACUACAUGCUGUUGAAUUCCUGGGAACAGUUCUGUCUCUGUUGACGUGUCUUCAGUGGCACUCUGGUGGUUAUGAGCCCAUAAUUGAACUCUCAAGGCGAUUGUGUUCUGUUCAGAAAGAUCUCGGUUUGCAAUGGGAGCCUGGUCUGUCAACGAUUAUGGCGUCAUUAUUUACAAUCCUUGUUCAAUCAGAACUUGAGCAUGAACAAAUUUCUAUAUCUAAACUCCUCCUCUUAAUCCUGAAGUGGAAAUACGAUAAGGAUGAUGCUAUUGCCACAAAUACGUCUUCUCCAUUUGAAGAGGUUUUGUUUCUACUUCCCUUUGUCAGCCUCAUGUCAUCUCCUUCUAAAUAUGUGAAAGCACUGGCUACUGAUUUGCUUCUCAUCUUGGAGAAGCUCCUUCUCAAGAUGCUGGUGGCCGUAAGACAUAAACCAAUCAUUGAUGAGGAAACUCAUUAUCUUAGCACACCUGGAAUUAUAGUGUUGAGACUUUUGCGACAUCUGUGGUAUCAGGAUGGAGAAUCUUCUUCCAGAAUUUCCCUUCUGAAUCUGGCUUUAAAGGGCACGCAUGAAAAUGAAGUAAUGCAUGAUAAACCAAUAUCAUGGGCUUUUCAUCUAAGAGGGUUCUGUUUGUCAAUUGUUGAGCGUCGGAAAUCUACAUCGCCUCUCUUGCUUCCUCAAGAAUUAUUCUUAACCGAGACACCCUUACUCAGUGCUGUUCUCAGUGUUUUGUUGAUACAUCCAUCGAUGGGGGCUGCUGCUGUUGACUCGCUGUCUUCCAUUGCCAUUAUGGAUCCCAAACUAGGAGUUCCUUUGUUGCUAGCAAUUAUGUUCUACAGUAAUAUAUUCACAAGAAAUGAUAUCAUUUGCCAUGAUAUGCUGCUAAAAAUCUUUGAAAUGCUGCCAUCACUUGCUUCACACUCAGCAAUGACUCCACUUGUAGUUCAAACAAUCUUGCCAAUGCUUAACAGAGAUGCAAAAGGCUCAUUGUAUGCUACGGGAACUCGAUUGCUGUGUCGAACUUGGGAGAUCAAUGAUAGAGCCUUUGGAAGUUUACAAGGUGUCUUGCUUCCAAAAGGUUUCACUGAUUUCACAUCAGACAGAGCUAUCUGUAUCAGUUUGGCUACUUCAAUCCGAGAUGUUUGCCAUAAAAGCCCUGAUAGGGGUGUUGAUCUUAUCUUGACUGUUUCGUCUUGCAUUGAGUGUCAAGAUCCUAUAGUUAAAGCUCUCGGCUUGCAAAGCCUUGUCCACCUUUGUGAAGCAGAUGUGAUUGAUUUUUACACUGCAUGGGAUGUCAUUGCAAAGCACGUGCAAGGUUAUAAAGGUGAUCCUAUUAUUGCACAUAGCACUUGCCUUCUGCUAAGGUGGGGUGCAAUGGACGCAGAAGCAUAUCCAGAAGCAUCAAAGAGUGUGCUGUUAAAUCUUUGGGAUUUAGUUACCUCUAGCCAUGGCACAAAGUGGGAAAAAACAAAAAUUGCAGCCCUGGAGGCACUUAUUCAAUAUGAAGUGGCGCAACUUGAAAAAAAUGUUCCAGAUUUUAAGAAAAUGAAUUUGGAGCUAUUCUUUUCUGAGACAAGUCCCACAGUACUCAAGGUUAUGGAGGAUUUUCAUGUCAAGAUUAUAACAUAUGAACACAUGAUUGAAGAAGCUGAAGCACAGUGUGCUUUGUUGAACUCUGAAUCAUUAUGCGAUGGAUGUUUCAGUUCAGAUUCAGAUAUAUUUCUCUUUGGUGCAAGGACAGUGUACAGGGAAAUCUGCCUUGGAGAUGGUGGAUAUGUUGUAUGUUAUGAGAUGGCAGAGAUUGAAAAUAAACUUGGAUUGGGACGGGAUUCAUUGAUUGCUCUCUCUUUGCUUCUCGGCAGUGACUAUCAUCAAGGAGUUCAUGGUUUAGGUUCGGAGUUAGCUUGUCAGAUAGUAAAAUCAAUUGGGGAGAAAGAUGUUCUAAAAAAAUUUGCUUCUGAAGGACUUGGAUGGGUGAAAAAAAGAAAAGGAGCUAAAAAUAAUAUAGGAAAGGACGAUACCAUUUUACAAGUGAUUGAUGCUUAUUUGAAGCCAAAAUGCCACUCAGCUGAUUCAGACUUUGUGCUCAAGGCUCAUUCUCAGUAUCCAUUUCAACGUACUAAGCUCCAUCAUAUAUGCGCUGUAUACUUCGAAUGGCCUUCGGAGAGAACAGAUGGAUAUAUCCUUCCAUGUAUAGCCGAAAGGGAUUUACGACGAUUUGCCAAUUUGCGAUCAACUUCGUCUGAACUUGGGUUGAACCUUCCUUUACAUGAGGGAUUGGAAUCACCCGCUGAUGGUAGACGUUCAUCUGAGUCUAGCUACCGUAUUGGAGAUAAUGGAACUUCAGGGGGGACAAAUUAG